GCGGCGGCGGCAGCGACAGUGCUGUGCGAGUGUUACGGCCGGAUGAACGUGCAGGCGCUGCUGUAGCGGCUGUGUGUGUGAAAACUGCGCGCGGCACGGUCUGUGUGUGUCUCUACCCCGAGAGCUGAGUGCGCCAGGACGUUUUGACGAGCGCAGUCCGCGGUCGGAUGUGCCCCCCGCUGCACGAAUACAACCGAAACGGACUACAUAGGUAAUAUCAUAUUAUCGUAUCCGUGUUUGCAUACGUCGUCGUGUAUAUACCUACCGAUAACUGUGACCACGGUUACUACGGUGGUUUUAUGCAUGUGCGCGACUUCGGGUCUUGCAGCCGGUCGUCGACGGGAAAAAGCGCACGGUAAACGGCCGCCGGGCGGCAGCGGAUACGCGCGUGAAGCCCCGGAAGUGCGCCGAUAACCCCGCGCGCGAUAUAAUACACGGCAAAAAAGUCCCCCCUCCCAGUUGCAACGGCGGCUCACGGAUAGUGUAAGAGCAGCAGCUGCAGUAGCGGCGCAGUAGGCUGUCAGGUGCAGGUACCGGUGUAGGCGACGGCGGCGGUGGCGACCACGGCAGCGACGGUGGUGGCGAUAAAACCGUCGCAGUUGCAGUAGACGUCGUCGUCGCGGAAGAGCGGCUAGCGUUCGCGUGACGAGAGACGUCCCGGAGUGGGCUGUUAUUGCGCGCGGAUGGGCUGCGAUCUGGGAAAACUGGCCAGCUCGGCCAAGUCCGGCGACGACCGCGGCGGCAGGCACAAGGACGCGUUGGAGGAACCGCCGAGCCCGGGCCCCCCGGACCCCCGGCUCCCGCUGACGGCCAAGCAGAAAUACAGCAUGAUCGCAUCGUGGAAGGGCAUAUCCAGGGCAAUGGAGCCCACGGGGGUGUACAUGUUCAUCAAGCUUUUUGAAGAACACCAAGAACUUCUCCAACUGUUUACCAAAUUUGGCGAACUGAAAACCAGGGACGCACAGGCCAACAGUAUGGAGCUAGCCGAACACGCUAACAAAGUAAUGACCACACUGGACGAAGGCAUUAAAGAACUGGACGACCUCGACAACUUCUUCCAGUAUCUGACCCAAGUGGGCGCUUCACACAAGAACAUAACAGGCUUCAAUCCAGAUUAUUUUUGGAAAAUUGAAGUGCCAUUUUUGGAAGCAGUAAAAACUACAUUAGGCGAUCGAUUCACAGAAAACAUUGAAACAAUAUAUAAAAUCACCAUUAAACUCAUCAUAGAGACAUUAAUCAAAGGGUAUACAGAAGCUGCUGGGCCAUGAAAAAAUAACCACACAGGAGCUUGAUGAAAUCGUAAAUUUCAUAUCAUAAAUGUUCAAGUGACCGAACAUAACAAUAUUAUAUUCCAUUGUCAAACGAUAAGUUUAAAUAUGUCAUUUGGAAAUUAAAUUUAAUAAAAAAUAAAUAAACGAUAAGCUCAAAUUGAAUUUACUGAGCGCAAUUUGUAUUAAUGUCAUAAUGUCAAUUUGAUUAUCAACGUGUACCUAUACAUAAAAUGAAAUCAUAUUUAUA